AUGCUGCCUGGCAUGGUGCUGUCCAGAAUGUCCUGGAUGCUGCUUUCCUGUCUGAUGCUCCUGUCUCAGGUGCAAGGUGAAGACACUCAGAAAGAAGCACCUUCUCCACGUAUCAGUUGCCCCAUGGGCUCCCAGGCCUAUGGAUCCUACUGUUAUGCCUUGUUUAAAAUUCCCAAAUCCUGGUUUGAUGCAGAUGUGAGUGCUGAGAGGUGGGCCGAUGGAGGUGGAUGGGAAUGGAGUAACGCUGAUGUGAUGAAUUACAACUGGGAGAGGAAUCCUUCCAUUGCCUCAGACCCCAGUUACUGUGGAACCAUGUCAUAUGCCUCAGGAUUUCUGAAGUGGACAGAUUAUUACAACAAGGAGUUACCCUGUGUCUACAAGUUCAAAGGCUAGAGCAGGGAGCUGGCAGCCUGCAUAUACUAUGUAGUUCACCAUGAUCAAGAGUUCAAGUGUGAAUAUUUACCCAUAUAAGGAGCAGUCUCCCCAUACUACAAAUCUAACCCCUCUCUCUAAUCUUCCCCUUUUCUCUUCUCUUCCUCACUCUCAUU